AUGCAUUACGAUAACGCUACGAGCUCAGUACAUGCUGCAGUCACGACAAUGCCUCUUGCAAAUGGAUCACAAAAUCCAUGUACAAAGUGCAACAGAAAAAGCGAAAAGAAAGAACAUCCCAAACCGAAUUGCUCCCUCUAUCAACUACUGUGCGCAUUAUGUGCUACUUACCUUCGUGAUAGGUCCGGUAGAUGGAGGUGUAUUUGUAUUAGAGCGAGGCGUACGCGGUCUGAAUGCAGCCAUGCUCUGCGACACUCCAUCGGCCAGAAUGAAUUGCUCUCGCAGUUCGAUGUUGGUGCGACCCUUGGCUGCAUGCGGGCGGCGUCCGAUGUGCGGGUUUGUUAUAGGAUAGGAUUGGAUAGGGUAAAAAAACCGUUCGGUAAAAGGACAGGUGGGUUGGUCGCACCCAUGCCUGCAAAUACACAAAGUAUUCUCGGAACCGUGUGCAAAGAUACAUCUAUAAUGAAAAAUGAUACUACAAAAUGGUUCUACAAUCGAGGCAAAGGCAAAUGUAGGACCGUUGACCUUGGCAAUACUCAUCAUGAUAUGUCUGAACGAGAUAUAGUUUUUGCAUUUCAAAUGCCUAUACCUCGUGAGGGUGAAACUUUCGAUUAUUCGAGAUGGCAACAGAAUUUAAUUGGGGUUUUACAGACAGAUAUUCGAUAUCAUUCACAAAUGGAAGUAAAACCACGCAGUACUAUUACAAUCGAUGCGCGUCUGGCGUACCGAAACAAAGAGGACCCAGACGACGGGUGGAAGUUAUAUACACAGUCUGUUGAAAAGAGGCUUUUAGACUGCGACAUUGAUACUAAAAGUGAAGAUUAUUUGUAUAAUUGUUCUGCAAUUCCUUUGUUUGAACUUGGUUCAUUAUACCAUGACUUCUACCUGUUAAAUAUAAGGUUACCAGUUGAUACUCCUGAUAUGAAUGCACAUAUUGGUCACAUUCAAGAUAUGUGGGUGACUGUUAUUAAUCAAAAUGGAGGGUUUACUAAAGUUUGGCUAUCAUUAAAAACUGUUUUCUUUCCAUGCAUUAUUGCAAUACUAGUUUGGUUUUGGCGGAGAAUUCACAUGUUAGAGAGAAAACCAGUGCUGUUAGAAAAGAUGUUACUCUGUUUGGGAAUAGCAUUAUGCUUUUUAAAUGCACCAAUUGAAUAUCUUACAUUACAAUUCGAUCUGCCCUUUAUGCUCCUUUUAGGGGACAUUAGACAGGGUGUUUUUUAUGCAAUGCUAUUUUCAUUUUGGCUAAUAUUUGCGGGAGAACACAUGUUGAUUCAAGAUUCUUCAUCUCAAAGUUCAUUAAAACAAUAUUGGCGACAUUUAAGUGCUGUUGCAAUGGGAUGCACAUCUCUUUUUAUAUUUGAUAUGUGCGAGAGGGGAAUGCAGCUACGUAAUCCAUUUUAUUCUAUAUGGGUAACUGAUUUAGGCACAAACUUGGCUUUAACUUUCAUAAUACUAGCUGGAAUUUCAACGGGAGUCUAUUUUUUGUUUUUAUGCUAUAUGGUAUGGCAGGUGUUUAUUAAUAUAUCUCACAAACGCCAGAGUUUACCCACAAUGUGCUCUGUGCGACGCCUGCAUUAUGAAGGAAUUAUUUACCGUUUCAAGUUUUUGAUGUUAGCAACAUUGUUGUGCGCUGCUCUCACUGUGAUUGGAUUUGUUUUGGGACAAGUUGCAGAAGGCCAAUGGAAAUGGGAUGACAAUAUUGAACUUGAAUAUACCUCAGCAUUCUUUACUGGUGUCUAUGGAAUGUGGAACAUAUACAUAUUCUCUCUUCUUGUUCUCUAUGCACCGAGUCACAAGCGCUGGCCAGUUAAUGAAAAUACAUCAGACACCCAAAACUUGAGCGAGGAAAUUGAAUUCAGCCGUAUGCCAAAUGAAAGGAGUGAGAUUUCAUCACUGACUUCCUUUAUUAGGAAGACCACUGUUGAC